UUGAUGGAAAAUGUAAUGUUUUUAUUUUCUAAAUUUUUUUCCUCUGUUUUUUUUUUAUUCUCUGCGAUUAAUUAUUAUGUUUAAAAUUAGUUUUUAUUGUUAUAUUGAUCUUUUUAAUGCUUCUAGUUGAGUUGCGUUUCUUUCCACGAUUGCAGUGACCACAUUGCGUUUCGUAAAGCUGGAUUUUCCUCCGUUGUUUUCCUGUUCUGUGAUUAUCUCUGGGGUUUCUCUUUCUUUUUUCUCUUUCUCUCUUUCUUUAUUUCCUUUUAUUUUUUUUGUCUCUGAUAAACAAUAAUGAACUUUGAACUCCUCCAUCAGUUUGGUCAAAACUAUCCGGAGGAGUUUGAUGGGCAUCUUGACAGUGGCUCAUUAGCGACUACCUGUGUCUUUAAUCGUCGUGGUACUCUUUUUGCAGUUGGUUGUAAUGAUGGUAGAAUUGUUAUCUGGGAUUUUCUGACUCGUGGUAUAUGUAAAAUAAUAUCUGCUCACGUUCACCCGGUCUCAUCCUUAUCCUGGUCUCGUAGUGGUAAAUACCUAGUCUCAGCGGGCACUGACAACAAUGUCAGCAUUUGGGAUGUUGCAAGUGGUGAGAAUGUUAACCGUUGGCGAUUCCCAUGUCCAAUAUUAAAAGUUCAAUUUAAUCCUCGUAAUGAUCGAAUGAUCCUUUGCUGUCCUAAUCGUCAUCAAGCUGUUCUCCUAUUCCGUCCCGUGGAUACUAAUCCACCAGAGAAAACUCAUGUUAUUCUUCCAAUGGAUGAAGACGCUGAUCUCAAUAUAACGGCUUCUUUUGACCGUCGUGGCCAAUACAUUUACAGUGGUAAUGCAAAGGGUAAAAUUAUCGUCAUUAAAGUUGAAGAAGAAGGUAACAAACUGGAUAUUGUGGCCUCUUUCCGUGUAGCAACAUCAAAUAUCGUUGUCAAACAGAUUGAGUUCGCGCCAAAGCGAAAAGAUACUUUUCUUGUUAAUGCUUCUGAUAGAGUGAUUCGUGUUUACGAAACCAAUGAAGUUCUCAAUUGUGGACUCAACGGGGAACCUGAGCCUGUCCAGAGGAUUCAAGACCAAGUAAACAAAACUACCUGGAAAAAGUGUUGCUUCUCGGGUGGAUCAGAUGCCGAUUUCAUUUGCGCUGGAUCGGCGAGGCAACACACACUCUGUAUAUAUGAUCGUAUUGCUGGAAGUUUGAGUAAAAUUUUACAAGGUACCAAGGGUGAAACUUUAGUCGAUGUUGUGUGGCACCCAAUGAGAUCCAUAAUAGCCAGUAUAUCAAGUGGAGUUGUAUCAGUUUGGGCUCAAGCUCAAAUAGAAAAUUGGUCAGCAUUUGCUCCUGAUUUCAAAGAGUUGGAUGAAAACGUUGAAUACGAAGAGAGAGAAUCAGAAUUUGAUAUUCAGGAUGAUGAUCGGUCACCAGCUCGCAACACCGGAGACAAUGACGAUGAAGAUGAAGAGGUAGACGUGACUGGAGUUCAACCUUCAUCUCAUCUAUUAAGCAGUGAUGAAGAUGAAUCUGCAGAACAAGAAGGACUUUACUAUCUUCCCAUUUCUCUUGAAUUCGAUGAAGUAGAAAACGUAGAUUCAUCUUUCAAUCAUUUUGGACCAGAUGCUUCAGAAUCGCCGAUUCCAACUAAAUCACCUCGCAAAGCAAAAGUUGUUGAUAUUGAUCUGAAAGACAAUUCUAAAGACGGUGGCUCAAAGCUUGGGAAUAGAUCCAUCGGAGGUGAAGGAAGGUUCAAGAAUAGAAACUCUAGGCUUUCUACCAAACGUAAUAUAUCGGGUGUUGGUGAAGGGGGAAGUAGUAAUGUUAAAAAGCGAAAAAAGUUAAGCCAUUAUGACCCAACAUAUGCAGUAGAUUGAAAGUCAUUCAUUUUGUGUCUUUGUCACUUUCUUUAUUCAUCUUAUUCUCCCUCUAUCUCUUUCAUUUUUCCACACACACACACACAAUACGAAUAACUAUUUGCAUCGCCUUCUUGAAAAUUCUAUCACUAUCAAGCUUUAUCAUCCACUCACUCAACAACUUGAACAAGUAUAUGGAGAAAACAAAAUCAACUUAAAAGACCCUUACAAAUAAUAUACAAAAACAAUCAUUAUGUACAACUUCAUCAGAGAUUCUCAUGAUAUAACAUCAACAUUUAACGUACAUUGCCAAUAUACAAAUAUAUUUAUAAAUAUAAUUUUUCCAAUCAACAGAAAAAAACAACAA